AUGUUUUUGUUGUUCAUUUUAUUUUUGCCGCUAGCCAUCUAUGUGUAUCAAAAAUGGCAUUACGAUUACUGGAAAAGACGCGGUGUCUAUCAGGUAAAACCACACUUCCUAUAUGGAAACUUAAAAGAAUUUUCUAAUGGCAACUUGUGCAUCUCGGAUCAAUUGAAGAAGUUGUAUGACGAGUUUAAAAGUAAAGGGUUGAGGUAUGGAGGGUAUUACGCCUUCAUGAAACCUACGUUCAUGCCAAUCGAUGUGAAUAUUGUUAAGAAUAUUCUACAAAAGGAUUUUGGACAUUUCGUAAACCGUGGCAUUUAUUUCAAUAAAAAAAGAUCACCACUUUCGGAACAUCUCUUUACUCUGGAAGGUGAGAAAUGGAGGAUUUUAAGGGGAAAGUUGACUCCUACAUUCACUACAGGAAAGAUGAAGAUGAUGUUCCCAAUUAUGGUAGCUUAUUCUGAAAACCUAACAGUUAUUUUAAAAAAGGAUGUUAUACUCCAAGAUGCUGUGGAUAUCAAAGAAGUGGUUUCUAGAUUUACGACAGAUAUUAUUAUUUCAGCUGCAUUUGGUAUUGAAUGUAACAGUCUUAAAAAUUCUGAUUCGGAAUUCAGAAAAUUCGGCAGAAGAGUAUUUGAACCUGGAAUGUGGGAACAGUUAAAACGACAAAUGAGUAAUAGUUUUCCUAAAUGGUUUCUGGAUGCAAUACGGAUUAAUUUAUUAGAUCACGAGACUGAAGACUUUUUUAUGAACGCAGUAAAAAAGACAGUUCGCUAUAGAGAGGAAAAUGCCGUAUACAGAAACGAUUUUAUGCAGCUAUUGUUAGAACUUAGAAAUAAAGGAAAAAUAUCGGAUUAUCACAUUACCUCGGUAGGCGAAAAUGAUUGCAAUAGUCAUUUUUUAUCGCUUAAUGAGCUAGCUGCUCAAUGCUUUGCCUUCUUCAUAGGUGGUUUCGAGACAUCUGCAACUGCAAUUGCAUUUACUAUGCUAGAGCUAGCCAUGAAUUUAGAAAUUCAAGAUAAGUUGAGAAAGGAAAUAAAUACAGUAUUGGAAAAUUACGAUCACCAGAUAACUUACGACGGCAUAAUGGAAAUGACUUAUUUAGAUAAAAUUGUUCACGAAUCACUAAGAAUGCAUCCUACAGCAUCAGAAAUAGGAAGAAUAUGCAAUUCGGAGUACACCAUUCCUGGCACAGACCUUGUCAUUGAAAAGGGAGUCAGGGUAAUAAUUCCGAUUUUGGCUCUUCAUAGAAAUUCAGAUCAUUAUCCCGAUCCUGAUGUGUUUGAUCCGGAACGUUUUAAUGAAGAAAAUAAAGCAAAACGCCAUCCCUUUGCUUACAUCCCUUGGGAAGGACCAAGAAUGUGUAUUGGUAAGUAUCAUUUGCCUUCCAGAUUGGGAUUGUUACAGACUAAGGUGGGAAUAGUGGCCAUUAUAAAAAGUUUCACCGUAACGCUUAACAAAAAAACACAACUUCCCAUAAAAUAUGCUCCAAAUGCUGUCAUCACAAGUGUCGCUGGAGGUAUAUGGUUAAAUUUACAAUCACUACAGUAA